AUGACACAUCCUGGACUAUUCUUGUCCAAAGUUAGUACAUUGACUAACAUUCCAAAGGCAAUAUAUGGCCGCAACUUCAAUCCUAGUGACCUUCCCGUCGACAAGCUGACGCAUGUGCUGUAUGCCUUUGCGAAUGUGCGCCCCGAUACUGGGGAGGUAUACAUGACGGACACUUGGGCCGAUGUUGAAAAACAUUAUCCCGGAGACUCCUGGAGUGAUGAAGGAAACAAUGUUUAUGGCUGUGUAAAACAGCUCGUCCUUCUCAAACAAAAGAACCGAAAUCUCAAGGUGCUUCUAUCCGUGGGUGGCUGGACAUAUUCCACGAACUUUGCUGCUGCGCUGAGCACUGCCUCUGGCCAGGCAAAUUUUGCGUCAUCCGCCACGGACCUAGUUAAAAACCUCGGAUUCGAUGGUAUUGACAUUGACUGGGAGGCACAUACCUAUAGUGCUGCACAUGCCAACGACUACCACUUCUUGAUCACGGUUGCUUGCCCGGCCGGUCCGACACAUUAUGAGAAACUUCACGUAGGCCAGAUGGACACUUACAUCGACUUCUGGAAUCUGAUGGCCUAUGAUUAUGCCGGUAGUUGGGACACAAUUGCCGGGCACGGCGCCAACGUCUACGCUUCGACAGCCAGCCCAUCCAGCACUCCAUUCAAUACCGACCAAGCAGUAGCUUACUACACAUCUAACGGAGUGGCUGCGGAAAAAAUCAUCCUGGGUAUGCCUCUGUACGGCCGCGCUUUCAUGGAUACAGCGGGACCGGGCGCGCCCUACGCCGGAGUAGGCAGCGGUAGCUGGCAGAACGGCGUUUGGGACUACAAGGCACUGCCCCUGACUGGAGCCAGCGCUCACUACUUAUCGCAGCCUCUCGCUAGCUACAGCUACGACGAGGCUCGGCGAAUGAUGGUUAGUUAUGAUACUCCACAAGUUGCACACGAUAAAGCCCAAUAUGUUAUGUCCAAAGGACUUGGCGGGGGUAUGUGGUGGGAGAGCAGUGGCGACAAGAAUGGCACUGACAGCUUAAUCGCGACGGUACGUGCGCUAAACUGCCCCCGGCAACAUUGCUGUAUUGGGGAUUGGAUCACUGACAAACUCUCAAAGGUGGUUGACACUUUCGGGACCCUGAUGCAGGCUCCGAAUCAGCUAAAUUAUGCUGCCUCCUCGUACGACAACUUGAAGGCCGGAUUCGGGUCCAGGUAG